AUGAUUGCUGGACCGUUGGUUGUGCUUGGCAUUGGAAUCGUUUUGUUCAUAAAUCGAAAGAAAUUGCUGUUCGCCUUGAGACGUGCACAUGGUAAAGUUGAUGGCCUUCCAGUCAACAUAAACGACAUUCCUCACACAGAUACACAUGUAAACAUUGCUGCCGACUUGAAUAAUGUCACGUGGUCGAAUGUUCCUUCGUCCUCAACGGAACCUGCUGCCGCACUUGGUUUCGAUGAUCGAAGUGCAGCGCAACAAUGUUUUAAUAUCGAUGAUCUUCGACCAGAUGGUGCAGAAUGUAUUGAUGACGACCCAUUGUACAGCUAUUUAAAAGAGUCAAUAAUCAGCCAAGAUGCGGACGCCAGGAUGAAAAGCGACCCAGAUCAUGUUCAAGAAGACACCAGCUUCUACAUCCCACUUGGUGAUGAUCCACUCUACAGAAGCGUCAAACAAUAUCAACCUUAUCGUACGGAAGAAGGUGCUUGUGGAUUUUCAGCAGAGGAUGUAAACCGUGACAAUGAACUUGAUUCACUUGCGAAAAAUGUUGAUCCUUUGUACUCAACGGUGACAACGAAAGCACGAACUCGUGCAAAUGAGACCUCAAAUGUUGCCGUUGAUUUCAACGAAGAGGACCCUCUCUAUUCAGUGGUGGACAAGAGUAAAAGCAAAGGUGGCGGGAUAUCUGAUUGGAAUAGGCAAGUAUAG